AAACGGAUUAGACAUAAAGAAAAUAAAAUUUAAAGAAAAGAAUAAAGAAGAAAAAAGAAAAGAAACACAAAUAGAAAAGAAAUCAACAUUUAUGUUUGGCAGCCUAAAAAGCAUGAGAUGAAGCGAAACUGACCCACAGUUUAUUCUAGUUGAUGAAAAUCUGAUGGUCAUGGCCCUUCCUAAUCUCGGCUCUUUCUCCAAUCCAACUGCCACCGCUUCUCCCGCCGGUGCAACGGCGUCGACCUCCAACCCAUUGUCUCCUUCCGAUGACCCGUCGAAGAAAAUUCGAAAACCCUACACCAUUACCAAGUCACGAGAAAGCUGGACUGAACCCGAACACGACAAGUUCCUUGAAGCUCUUCAGCUAUUUGACCGUGACUGGAAAAAGAUCGAAGCAUUUGUUGGAUCAAAAACUGUUAUUCAGAUACGUAGCCAUGCUCAAAAAUAUUUUCUGAAGGUCCAGAAGAGUGGAACCAGUGAACAUCUUCCUCCUCCUCGGCCAAAAAGAAAAGCUGCUCAUCCCUACCCACAGAAAGCCUCAAAAAGUGCUCCAGCUGUCUCACCGGUGCCUACAUCUUUUCAAGCUUCCCUUCCUUUACCAGAACCUGGAUUUGUAAAAAGGCCCGAUUCUUCUUUUUUACCUAGCAAUCAAGCUACUGUUGUGCCUGUGCCGUCAUGGACUGACAACUCCGUGCCACCAGUUAGUUUGUCGCAAAUAAAGAAAGAUUACGUGAGAGAAACAGGUCAGCUGGUCGCUAAUAACCGUUGCUGCAGUAGUAAUGAAAGCACUCCAAGAUCAAAAUCAACCGUUAAGGUGAUCGAGCGGACUCAAGCACCCUCACUGAGAGUUCUGCCUGACUUUGCUCAAGUAUACAAUUUCAUCGGUAGUGUAUUCGACCCUGCGGUUACUGGACACUUGCAGAAAUUGAAAAAAAUGGACCGCAUUGAUGUCGAGACGGUGUUAUUGCUGAUGAGAAACCUCUCCAUCAACCUUACAAGCCCUGAUUUCGAGCAUGAUAGACAGCUGCUUUCAUCUUAUGAUAUAGACAUGGAGAAGAAGUGCAAAUAAAAUCUUCAAUGACAACCAACUUAAAAGUGUUGCUCAGUUCGGCUGCUGCAUACACAAUGGUCUUCGCAUACCAUUCCCAUUAUUCUUUGCUCGAGAGUAUUAUUGUCUGGAUGAAGGCCAUAUCAGAGUUGGUCGGAACAAACGGCGAGUGGAGGAUCCACAUAUAAUAAUACCAGGAGCCUCUGGUUUGUUUGAUAGCAGCUGCUAGCUAUGUCACAUUCAGAAUUGGUUUGCCUGUGGAGUUCUUAUUUGUGUAUAUACUGUAAGAUAUAAACAGAGAUGAUAGUUGUGAUGCUGGAAGUUAAGUAUAUAAAGCUGGGUUUAUGUAAAUUCAAGUUUUGACAGACUCGUCUCUGAAGUACUGGUAAAUUUUUUCAUGCCAAAUGUAAAUGCUUCAACAAAAAUGAGAUUGUUGAUUUGCA